AUGCCGCCGCAUCUGCUCAGUCACAUGCUACAGAACAAGUAUGGGCAAAUGCUCUCACAUCUCUCCCAGCUUGCUGACCAUAAUAGUGUCAUGAACGCUACUCAAACCACGAGCCAGCCUACGACUAUCGCGAGCAACUUGCAAGCGCAGGCAUCAUCGGGAGCACAUGCACUAACCCCUCAAGCGAGCUUGUACAUGGACCCAGCUUCCUCGCAGUCCAACCAGGAGCGAGAGAGGCCGCAAGACAGGCCACCAAGAAAAGAGAAGGUCAAGAAAGGCAAGAAUCGACCAACACACCUAAAUCCCGAUGGUCUGUCCAAGGCCACGCGGAAACGGCUUACACGUUACGCUCGUGCAAGGGACGACAACCCAGAGAGCUUCCGGCUGCCGAGAUUCAACAAUGUAGCCGAACAGCGCUGGUUCGACGGGGUUGUCGAGCGCGAAGGUCUGUACGGCUCAACGUGGAAGCCUUUUCGUCCCAACCAGCAGGACGGUGCUGCCUACCAACCGCAACCGGCGACUCGAGCGCCAAGGAUCAAGGUCGAGGAGGAGGAGGGAAGGAUGGAUAUGGAGACUCUGGCUCAAAACGGAACGAGUAUGGGGUCGCAGAACACUCAGUUUCGACAUCAUGGCCUUGGCGGAGCGGACGUUGGGUACAACGCCACUGCUGGCUUGACCGGUGCAUCGCAUGCUCCUGCAUUGAGCAGAUCCGACGGCAAGAGCCGAGUCACGGCACAGAGCAGCGAGGCGAUACACCCCGACCGUAUGGCGAUCAUAAACGCGGCUGCUCAAGGUCCGAGCUCGCCUCACCCGACGUCGCCUUACCUUGACAUGUUCAAGCAAUACACCGAAGUCAACUCUGGACACCAAGGGAACAUGAGCGAGUCACAUCAGGUGUUCGACACUGACGCCGUGGACUGGAGCUAUUCUCAGUCUUACGGUCACGACUACCGCCAAGAUCAGCACUACGGUCCCAGUGAGAGAGAUGAUAGCCAACGUCCAAGAUACAAGAGGAACUGCGCUUCCCAAAAUGAAUCACAUCCAAGUGGCCACGUCUCUCUCCCUUCCAGUUGUAGAAAACACGGCACCCGAUGGCUCAAGCCACCCAGGUGGCAGAAGUGCCCCCUUCCUUCUCCAGAAUUUGCAUCUCAAACAUCUGAUCACCAUCAUCAUGACCCAUACCAAAGACAUGAUGCGACCAAUGUGGAUCUGGAAUACCCACGCCGUCAUCAGCUCCCCAACUUCAGUCGCACAACUCCUAACCGCCGCAAAGAUGCCUCGGUCACAGAUCUCUACCUCUACCUAGAUGCAAACCACUACGACAAGUACCACGAUCUGAUCAAAUCCGUCAACGCCCGCGCCUGUGCAACUGGACUGCGAAUCUGGGCUCUCGAAGGCGGACGAGUGUACUUCAGUGACGCCGAUGGACCAGCUCAUUUCUACAAAGGCAUCCGCAACAUGAUCGACUUCAACGCCCAGGUUGAAGCCCAUGAGAGAUUCGUGGGCUUUUCAGCGGAUCUGGAGCCCUAUGCAAAAGGUCAUUGCGGCUCCUUUCAUAAUGGAAUUAAGACCUCUGAGUUGACCUGUGAGGUUGGGACCGGAGUUUGGAAGGCUUCGCAAGCUGAGGACCGAGCGGCUCUUUUGCGGGACUGGAUUGAGAUUCAUGAUACUGCAAAGGGCAUGUUGCGUGAUGCUGGGCUUUUGUUUGCUGCUGCGUUUCCUCACUGGAUUGGGGAUUAUUGUGGUGAGGCGUUGCAGAUGCGGUGGCCUACAGACGAUGCCGCUUUGAUGCCGGUCAUGGACGCUUUGAUGGUUUGUGUAGACUACUAUGUGGUGAUGAGCUAUCAUGUCGACCCGAAGGUUGCUGCUACUCGUGUGAUAAGGGAGCUGGAGUGUGCGAAUCAGAUGGGUAGAUGCAAUCCAGGGCGUUGUCCCAAGGUGCUUGCUGCUGUGGAGACGACGAAAGGUAUUGGAAGCAAGAUCUCGUAUGGCGAUGAGCCGUCAAAGUGUUCGAAGAAGGUCGUGGUUGACGACGCGGAGGCCAUCACUGCUACGCUCGGACACCACGAGAGCUUUGGUGGUGUUGCGAUUCAUGCUUGGGCGGGCUGGUGUUGCUUGACAGACUGA